AUGGAGUUCGCAACCCUAGUUGCUCGGCGUCCCGAGCAUGUCGACGUCUUGACGAUCCCAACACCGCCUCAUCAGGCGACAGCCAUCUUCAUCACGUUCUUCUUCCCGGCUGUGUCGGUUCUCAUCUUCGCGGCACGAACGUACAGCAGACUUACGACGCGACAAUGGGGUAUCGACGAUUGGCUUUGCGGCAUGGCAGUGCUAUGUGCAGUGUGCAUGACGCCGCCAUUCUUCAUGUACCUCAAGCUCAUGUACUUCGGAUACAGAGCUGUUGACGUACCCGCGACCUUGGACACUCGCCCAGCGAUGUGGUGGUUCUUCAUGAUGCAAAUGUUUUACAACCCAGUCCUAGCGUUCGUGAGAGCGUCGGUUCUGGUUUUCCUUCUGCGUCUCGGUGGGCAGAAGCCUGGCGUCAGAUGGACAAUCCACGGGCUCAACCUCGUCAAUGGCUCCAUGGCCGUAGCCAUCUUCCUCGUCGCCCUACUCCAAUGCUUGCCGAUCGAAGCCAACUGGGAGCCCACCAUCAGAGCAUCAGCUCAAUGCGUCAGCAACGCUUUCCACGUCACAAUAUCCUGCCUCAACGUGUUGAUGGACGUACUGGUGUUGAUCCUUCCGUUUUGGAUCUUCUUGGGCUUGAAGAUGCCGAUGGGUGCCAAGAUUGCCGUUAUCUGCGUCUUCCUCGUUGGUGCUGUUGUAACCGUCAUUGCCAUCAUCCGUCUAGUCCUGAUAUACAGACUAUUCUACGUACCGCCCGACCCGAACAAGGAUCCCUUCUACGACAUUGGUGUUACCUACAGCGUCGUCGAAGUCAACCUAGCAAUCAUCUCCGCGUGCGCCCCAGCACUUCGACCCAUGUUCCGCAAGUGGUGGCCCAAGCUGUUCGGCGGUAUCUCUUCCGGAAAGACCAGCGCUCUCAAAUACUACGGCAACUCUUCUCGGCCCCGCAACACCGUCCGAGACAACGACAACAUCACACUCAAAGACAUGCGCAUGACGCGCUCGCAGCAUCAUACCGAGAUUCGCAGCACCUCUCCUUCCGGGUCUGAAGAGGAAAUCAUGACAUACAACGGCAUCAUCCGCACAACCAACGUCAACUUGACAUACGAAUCAAAUCCUAACGUCGGAGACGAUGCCCGUUCAUCGACGGAUUUCAAGAUGGGCGAGAAGGCCCAAAGCACCAGAGGCCCUGUCUCUUGA